AUGGCAUACCAGAGCCUCCGGCUGGAAUACCUGCAGAUCCCACCCAUCAGUCAAGCCUAUAUUACUGCCUGUGUCCUCACAACCGCCUCUGUGCAGUUGGAAUUGAUACACUUCAAUCCUGAAUUAAUCUUUAAACAUUUCCAAAUAUGGAGGCUAAUCACCAAUUUCUUAUUUUUUGGACCAAUUGGAUUCAAUUUUUUAUUUAACAUGAUUUUUUUAUAUUGUUACUGUCGAAUGCUAGAAGGCGGCUCUUUUCGAGGUCAGACAGCAGAUUUUGUAUUUAUGUUUCUUUUUGGUGGAUUUUUAAUGACUCUUUUUGGUUUGUUUGUAAGCUUAGUUUUCUUGGGCCAGGCCUUUACAACAACGCUCGUCUACUUGUGGAGCCAAAGGAAUCCUUAUGUUUGCAUGAACUUCUUCGGCCUUCUCAACUUCCAGGCUCCCUUCCUACCUUGGGUGCUCAUGAGCUUUUUCUUGUUGUCGGGGAAUUUGAUCAUUAUGGACCUCUUGGGUAUAGCUGUUGGACAUAUAUAUUUUUUCUUGAAAGAUGUAUUUCUCAAUCAGCCUGAUGGAAUAAGAACCCUGAAAACACCAUCUGUUUUGAAGGCUGUUUUUGAAACACCAGAUGAAGAUCCAAAUUAUAAUCCAUUACCUGAAGAGCGGCCAGGAGGCUUCGCCUGGGGUGAGGGUCAGUGACUGGGCGGUUAAAGCAGCAGUGGCAAUAAUGAGACCCAGCUGGGAAA